AUGGCUUUUCGCCGUCGACGGAUGGCGGCACUCCGCCGGAAGAAGUGGAAACGACUUCGAGAGCGGACGCGUGCAACGCGAAAGAUUUUGCGCAUGGCGAGCACCAAUCGCGCGGUGUGUCUCGGCUUUCCGAUGGACGCCAAGAAGUGUGGACGCAAAAAAGAAGAUACGGAUGAAGACAACCACCCAUUUCCAGAGCUGAUAUCGUGCUCCAGAUCACCAGAUUUGGACUCGGACUUUGACGCUGCUUCGAUUGGACAACCCGACCAUGGUGCUAGGGCUUCUUCCGGUGCAGGUAACGGCUACAAUGAGUGUGACAACGGAGAUACAGAUCCUGGAGACAGCUACGACGAGAGCGAGUCGGAUCUCGAGCGUACUGGCGGCGUGUCUCUGCUCGACUUUGCAGGCCUCCAAGCCCAGCUGCCAAUGGAGUUGGGUUUUCAGGACAACUCUGGCGACAUCUCAGACGACACCGACAUACACAGCCCAGAUUCGUCCUCGGGUGCCACUCGACGCGCCGUCCAAAGUGCCAACAUGCCGGGCGAAGAGCCAUUCCAAUCCAAUACAGCCUCCGACCCCGGCUCCUCUACCUCUGAUUCUUCCAGCAGAAGCGGUGAAGUUCAGUUUAUUUUGUACAACUUUACGUCGCCAGCAAACCGACGGAACUGGCAAAAGGACAAACGGCAAGAGCUGGACCACAAAGAAAGGACCAUCCGCAAGCUGCAGGCGCAUCAGUUCCGGGCGCCGGAUUGGACAUGGAUGCAAAUGCAGCUGGAACGGGCCACGCGACGAAGGGUGCACGACGACAGCCAGCCCGGCUCGGCUCGUCUGCAACGUCAGCGCGCACUGAUGGCUGCCGCGCCCCUCUCCUCUCCGUUCUUUGGCUUAGACGAUGAGCCCGGAGGAAACAACGAUAUGAACGUCAAUUUGGUCUUCUCCUUGGACGAUCCAAGAUCCUUGCGAUCCACAAUCAGAUUAUGGUGGAACGGGAGUUGA